AAAGAAGCAGUGAUCGGAGGGUGUACAUCAGCAGGAAAGUGUUUUUCUUCCCUAACUGACGAAGACCUCAGCGACGAAAAGUUAUGGAUCGACAUUCAGAGUACGAAUACACCGACAAUUUUAAGCUUUCCGAGCAGGCGAAAAGGGACUUUGAAGAAUAUGGAUAUAUCCUUAUCCGGGGUUUACUUGACAAAGAAGAGGUUAAAAGAGUACUGAAAGUACUGGAGGGCAGUGACGCAAUGAUGAAAGAAAACUAUGAGGUUGAAGAAGUAAAUAAGGCAAAGAAGACGCAACGAAUUAUUUGGUCGCACCCUGGUUCUGACGUCACAGGAAUGGUAGCUCGCAGCGAAAAAGUUGCAGGAACAUGCGAACAGCUUUUAGGAGGAGAGGUGUAUCAUUAUCAUGGGAAGAUGAUACUGAAAGGGGCACAGAAGGGAGCCCAGCACCUGUGGCACCAAGAUUAUGGAUAUUGGUACAACAACGGUUGCCUGUUCCCUGAUAUGAUGACGGUUUUUAUUCCAUUGGAUCCUUGCAGGAAAGAAAAUGGCUGCUUACAGAUACUGGAGGGUUCUCAUAAAUGUGGCAGGAUUGACCAUCAUCCUGUUCUGAAGCAGGCCGAGGCGGACCUAUCACGGGUGGAAGAACUCAAGAAGACUUGUCCUCACAUGUUUGUUGAAAUGGAUCCAGGUGAUGCCCUGUUUUUCCAUUGCAAUGUGCUACAUCAUAGUUCUGAUAACAACAGUGACAUGCGCAGAUGGGUGUACAUCUGUACUUACAAUAAAGCCAGCAAUGACCCAGUCAUUGAACAUCAUCACCCAAGAUACACCCCACUUACCAAGGUUCCCAACUCUGCAAUCAAGGAGUGUACCAACUUCACGGACAUGAGUGGAAAGGACUUCAUCCGCCCUAACCGUAAUGCAACACUGACGGAACACAUAAAGUGAUAACAAACGUUUAACUUCACUGUCUUGAGGAUAUACCCAUAUAUUUACUCAAGUUUUUUUUUUAAGAGAAAGAAAAAUAAUGAAAAUCUCUUGUUAAAAUGGUUGUGAAGACUUUUGAAAAUAUUGAUUAAUUUUUUUGGUCAAAACUAGCCAAAAUACGCAUGUAAGCUUCAAUAAUGGGCAUACAAGACUCUCUCUGUCUCUCUUAUGUGUGUGGUGUGUUUUCUGUAUAUUUCGAGAGAUACAUACUUCUUUAGUGUCACUGGUGUAUUACUACUGUAAUUUUUCAAUCUGUUCUAAAGUUAAUAUUAAUCUAAUAAAAUAAAUUAUGAAUUUACACAAAA